ACGCAGCACCAGAUUCCCGCCCCCUCCGUCUCCACGUCCGGUUGAGACCAACAUGGCGGCUGUUCUCUGACAGACUGAGCUCGGAGUUUAUGUGUUUAAUAUUUACAGUUUUCUGAUGAAAUUCAUCAACUUUUUGAGUUUUUUUGUUCCGGUUUCAGAUCGUUAAAAGCUACCGGCAGCUGUUCACCGGGUAAGAGGCGGGAAACACCGAAAACACCGGAGAUAACAACCAGCAGACGGAGACUUGUUCUGAGUUCUGAUGGAUCCGAUCUGACCGACCCAGCGUUGUCAUGGAGAAGUUUGGCAUGAGUUUCGGCGGCGGCAGGAAGGAGCUGCUGGACACUAUCGAGUCCCAGAAGAAGCAGCUGGUUCAGUACCAGACCCGCUUCAAGGAUGUGGUCCAGGCCUACAAGAGUCUGCUGAAGGAGAAGGAAGCGCUGGAGGCCAGUCUGAAGGUUCUGUCGGUGAGCCAGGAUCUGGACCAGAACCAGCCGGGCCCGGACGGUUCGGAGCCGCUGGAGGACGGCUGCUCGCUGCACAGCGAGGACAGCGUGGACACGGCGGCGUCUGCAGACACGGCCAGCGAGACCUCCAGCGAGACCGCCAGAGGGGGCCAGAGCGAGGAAGACCCGGGAGAACCGGCAGGAAAGUCUGUCUCAACGCAGGCGCGCCGGUUGGACUCGGACGGCGGCGGCCCGGAGAGCGGCAGCGUGGGGGCGGAGUCUCAGCAGCAGGCCACGCCCCCUCCCAGCAGCGAGACGGAGCGGCGAGCGGCGCAGCUGAAGAACCAACUGAGCACGCUCACCAGCGCCAUCGCCACGGUGACGCACGAGAAGUCGAGGAUGGAGGCGAGCUUCCAGGCCGACAAGCGGCAGCUGAAACAGGAAGUGGAGGAGCUGCAGGAGCGGCUGGCGUGCGCCGCGGCGCAGCGGGAGGCGGAGCUUAGCGCCCUGCAGCAGCAGCGGGAGGCGGAGCUUAGCGCCCUGCAGCAGCAAUUGGCCGAGAGCCACGCCCGUGUCAUCACACAGCAGCACGAGAGGGAGCGCGAGACAAACGACCACGCCACGCAGCUACGGGAGCUGCAGAGGAUCCUGCAGCAGGAGAGAGCUCUACGACAGGACGCAGAGCUCCGCCUGCAGGACACCAGCGCCGCGCUGCUCGCUAACACACAGGCGGUGGAGCGGGGGGCGGAGUCUGAGGCUCACCUUAGCCAGGUGAGGGAGGAGAGAGACGAGCUGAAGGAGAAGCUGCUCGCCACCGAGCGACAUCACAGCAGACCUGAUCCCCGAUUGGACGAGCUGCAGCGAGAGCUGACGCAGCUGAAGAACAACUUCCAGACGCAGACCGACAUGCAGACCAGAAAGGCCAGUGAGGCGGAGGAGCGUGCUACUGAGCGUGCUCAGUGCGCUGAGCGGCGAGCUGCCGGUCUGGAGCAGCGAGUGUCCGAGCUGUCCGAGCUGCUGGGCGGCUGUGAGAAGGCGAGGCAGCGCGAGCUGAUGGCGGCGCAGAGACUCCGAGAGCGCAUCAUGCAUCUGGACGCCGAAAACAAGACGCUCGCCAUGGCGAUGACCUCUAACCUCGCCGCCGGCAGGGCGACCUCUGACCUCGGCCUGGACGAGUCCCAGCUGGACGUUGGCGUGCUGAAGGAGAAGUUGGAGAAAGUGAAGAAGCUUCUGCAGAUAGCAGCAAAGAGGGACCCUGAACACAACACGCAGAUCAUCCAGAGGGACCCUGAACACAACACGCAGAUCAUCCAGAGGGACCCUGAACACAACACGCAGAUCAUCCAGAGGGACCCUGAACACCACAACAUGCAGAUCAUCCAGAGGGACCCUGAACACAACACGCAGAUCAUCCAGAGGGACCCUGAACACAACACGCAGAUCAUCCUGGACCUGGAGGUGUUGCCGGGGACCGUGGAGGCGUUGCCGGGAGACGGCGAGGCCUCGGCGGCGGCGUACCGCCGAGAGCUGCGUCAGCUGCGGGACGAGUUUGAGCGCUACAAGCUGCGGGCCCAGCUGGUGCUGAAGAACCGGACCGCCAGAGACGGCUGCCAGGCCCGCGAGCUGGAGGAGGCUCGGGACCAGCUGGCCGAGCUGAAGGAGAAGUACAUCAACCUGCGUAUCCAUGCCGACGAGGCAGAGACGCGGCACCGCCACGCCCUGGAGGAGCGCCAGCAGCACGCCGCCGCGCUGACGCUCGCCCACAGACAGGAAGUGGAGCGCCUGGAGGCGCUGCAGCGAGACGCACUGCUGAGGCUGGAGGAGGAGCUGCACAAACAGAGAGACAGGACUCUGGCGCUGCUCCAGGAGAAGGACCAGGAGCUCGAGCGUCUCCGUGCGGCCGCCGCGACGCGCUGCAGCGCCGGUAUCGACCCCCCGGCUGCUGAGGCCGUUGCCGUGGCACUCGGUCCGGAGACCGAAGGUGACAUCAUCGCGGCGGCCCUGCGGCGGGCGGCGCCCGGCGAGCCCACGCUGCUGCUGUACGCCGAGCAGCUGGCCCGCAAGGAGGCGGAGCUCGGCGUGCUGCGGCGCCAGAAGCACGGGCUGGACGGGGAGCUCCACCGGCUGCAGGCGCGCCUCACCGCGGACGCCGAGCGCCACGGCGAGGAGGCGGCGGCGCUCCGGGAGCACCUGGACAAACUGCACCGAGACCGUGGCCGCGAGGGCGCCAACAUGGAGUACCUGAAGAACGUCUUCUACAAGUUCCUCACGCUGCCGGACGCCGGCGGGCGCCAGCAGACGCUCGGCGCCAUACUCACCGUCCUGCACUUCAGCCCGCCGGAGAGGCAGGCCGUGCUGCGGCUGCACCACGCCUCCUGGUGGCCGCACGCCAGAUAACCACACCAGAUAACCACGCCAGAUAACCACGCCGGAUAACCACGCCGGAUAACCACGCCGGAUAACCACGCCGGAUAACCACGCCGGAUAACCACACCAGAUAACCACGCCAGAUAACCACGCCGGAUAACCACGCCGGAUAACCACGCCGGAUAACCACGCCAGAUAACCACGCCAGAUAACCACGCCAGAUAGGCACGCCGGAUAACCACGCCGGAUAGACACAGCAACACAGCGGGCUCAUUCCCCCUGCUCUGGUGUCCCCUCCUCUCAUUCCCCCUGCUCUGGUGUCCCCCCCUCUC